AUGGCUGAUGCAAGCAACGUUAACGAUGGUGAUGAUACGAUUAGACUAGAAGCACUUGAGAACAAAGUCACGGAUGUAGCUGAAGGGGUUAUAGAAGCCAAUCUCCCACGGCUAGCUCAAGAGGUAGAAAGUAGGGUCUUGGGAAUUGUAGAUGCUAUGAUGACCAGUAAGAUCGAGGAAUUGAAAGAACUAAUGGAGGGGUCUAGGAGUAAAGGCAAGGAACGACGAUGCACGUAUAAAGACUUCAUGGCGUGCAAUCCGGCAACGUAUGAUGGUAAAAUUGAUCCGAUCGCAUGCCAAAGAUGGAUUUCAAACAUGGAGGCAGUGUUUAUACGAAGCCGGUGUGAUAGAGAAGAUCAAGUGAUGUUUGCUACGGGUCAACUCACCCUUCAGGCGAAAGAUUGGUGGGAUGCGCAUAGCAAGGAAAUAGGCGAAGAAAGACUCCAAACGAUGACCUGGCAAGAGUUUAAGGAUCCCUUCAUGAAAUAUCACUGCCCUCAGUCAGCCAUUGAUAAGAUUCAAGAGGAUUUCUUACGCCUCCGACAGAAAAACGAGACGAUAAAUGAGAUAUCAAACACUUUCUUGGAUAAGAUGAAGUUUUGUGGAGAGUUUGUGCAAACUGAAAGGAUGAAGAUUAACCGCUUUUAUGGCGUAUUAAAGGCAGAAUUUAGGGAGUUCAUCACUCCCUCGAAGUGUGAGACUCUUGAUGAGCUCAUCAAUCUAGCGCGGGAUAGAGAAAUCGAGAUCAAGAGGCAAGAAGAGCGUGGAGAAAAGAGACCAAAUGAAAAGGGUGGGAAUUCGACCCCGACCAAAAAGGGGAAGUAUCAAGAGCAAGGAAGGAAGGACAAGUCGAAAAGUGGUAUCACGCCGUGUAAGACUUGCGGAAAACUUCAUACGGGGGAAUGCUUGUUAGGCAAGAAGGGGUGUUAUAAAUGUGGUAAGGAGGGACACUCAUCUUAUCAAUGCCCGAAUAGCCCAAAGACUUGCUUCAACUGUUUCGAAAAGGGGCACAUCAAAUCUGAAUGCCUGAAACUCCAGCAAGAGUCGAAGAAGGAAGAUAAGAAACAAGAUAAGAAACAAGAAGGUCCUAGGGCCAAGGGUAGAAUGUUCCAAAUUACAUCCGAAGAAGCCAAGUCUCAUCCGAAUGUGAUUUCAGGUAUCUUUUUACUAAACUCCAUACCGGUAUAUGUUCUGUUCGAUACCGGAGCUACUAUGUCAUUUAUUUCGAAUGAAAUUAUACAACAUCCGUCCUUUAGGAUCGAACGAAUGUCAACGCCACUAGAAGUAGAAAUAGCCGAUAGUAAGAUCUAUAUGUUACACGAGGUUUGUAGAAACUGUAAAUUCACUAUAGAAGAUGAGGAAUUUGACAUCGACCUCAUACCUAUGGUGUUGGGGGAAUUUAAAAUGAUUGUGGGGAUGGAUUGGUUAGCGCGACACCAUGCGGAGAUUGACUGCGAAAAUAAGGUAAUGUUCAUCCAGGCUCCAAGUGGAAGACAGUUGAGUAUUCAAGGGGAAAGAAACGUGGAAACCAAGUUGUGUACCUUGGUCCAAGCUUACAAAUACGUACUUAACGGGAGUAAAGCAUAUUCAAUGGAUGUAAUUUCGAAUAUUUAG